AUCUAUAUGUCUGGUGAAUGGAACUCGUGCUAUAAUCCUUAUCCUCCUAAUCCAGCUGAACUUGGAAAUAUCCAACCCAACUCAGUGGUUCCGACUGGCAUUCCUCAUUUGAAUCCUCCUAGUUUGUCCCAAAAUUUCAUCCCUGGACAGCUUCCAUAUGGUGCGCCAUCUGCACCACAGUUCGGGGCCCAAAUGUUUGGAUAUGGGACCAAUACAAUAACUCAAGAUGGACCUCAGCAAUUCUGUAUUAACCAGAAUGAAAUGGGAACAAAAAGGCAAAGGGAUGAGCAAGUAGGAGGCAUUGACGGAACUGAAAUGGCCAUAGAUGGAUACCUUCAAACUAUGGAAUCCUCAAUGAAUCACAGUUUUGGACAGAAUCAGAUUCCAUCUGCUCCCAAUGUUACAGCAAAACCAGAAAGCCUACAAGAUCGGCUAUCAGCUAUGGCGGCAGACAAAACUGAAACGAUGGAGGUGGAAGAUUCUGUAAUGCAGACUAAAGCUGCCCAAUGUGGACCACUACCUAAGAAAGCAAAAGUAGUCACGCAGAAGUUGGAUCCCACUAUGUUUCAAAGAAAGAGCAGGUUCGAUCAGAGCCCUGCUGCUGCUGGGAAAAGUGCCUUUGCUACUGGAGCUAACGCGACACCGUUGGGCAAACAACCAACUGUGGUCCUUAAUAAAUACAGCAUUUCAAGUUCGUUGACUACAAAGAAAAAGGAUCCAGUGAAAGCUCAACUUAUCGGAUUCAAGAUGAAAGAAGAUGGCACUUUAAUAGCUCCAGAAAACUCCUGCACAGUUGAUAUCAAGAUACAGCGAGCAAUAAUGCAAGAACUCGCGCAAAUGCUGGAGUUUAAGUUUACAAUUGGUAUCAACAAAUUAUACAAAGGAAUCACGAGGAAUCAGAAGAAUAAGAAGAAGAAUCACCCUCUUAAAAUAGAAGAAGAGUUGGAUAUAGGCAGUCUGAUGGCGUACUGUGAAGAAAUGACACAUUUUGUGAGGGUUAAAAAGCAGAAGUACAUUAAGUUGCUCCCGAACAUAACUCCUUACAUACGAGCUGGGGUAAACUUGUGGGCCAUGUUCCACGGGAGAGGCACUAGGAGGAUUAUCAGAGACAACUGGGUCCACUGGAUUGGGCCCUUUUCUCCGCAAACGAUGAAUAUGGACUGGGAUUUCUACUUCCAAGUUAUACGAUCAUGUUACAUGAGCUGCCACCAACGCCAACGUAGCAAAUUCAGGUCUAAGUUUAAAGGGAUAGAGAAGUACGUGGUCGCUAACACAAUGUGGGCGCCCAACAAAACUGUAAAGUUUGAAAAGCUGGUCCAGGAGCUGAAGUGCAGCUUCGCUAUAAAGAAAGCAGUACAGACCCUGGUAGACUGGAAGAAGGUGGUACGUUAUGUGGUGGGGAGUGUGAAGAUAUUGACUAUGGGGAAGGGAGACCUGGUCACGUUCGAUCCUAAGUUGAGAGCCCUUCUUGUGGGGAUAGAGAAGUUUGUAGCACCGAACGUCGGUAAAGUAAACUUUGAGAACAUGGUAGAGUUCGAGGAGAAGUUGAGACAGCACUGUGUACUGUACGGAGGGUACGACUGGAGCGAGUGGGAUCUGUCUCUCAGAACCGUCAUCAAACUUUACAAUUGUUGCAAUACAUCAAUACAUCGGCCAGACCCAAACUCAUCGACCCCAGACGUCAGAGUUGCGUUUUCUAAAGUGUUUAGGCAGGGGUUUGAAGAGCUUGUCUUACCUGUACAAGAAUGUAAACUUGGAGAGUCCACUAUUCCUGCCAUGGUUAAACGGGAGAUGGUAAAACAUAACAGGCACGAGGAAAAGAAAGCCAGUAAAAUAGCGGAACUAAAGAAAGUAGACGAAGAGGCAAAGAAGAGGUUGGAAGAGGAGCUGCUAAAGUUGGAAGAGCUGAAGGCAGCAACUGAAGUUGAUAUAACUGCAGAAGAAAUGCCUUCGAAUGCAGACAUGAUGCUUAAGAUUGCAGGGGUAGACGUGGUGAAAAGAGAAGAUGCAGAUAUAAUACAGGUUGAAGAAGCAGACAAACCUAAAUCCUACAGUGAUAUGGAAGUUAGUGAGGAUGAUGAGGACUCUUUCCAGUUUGAACCUAUCUACACGUACUGCCAGUACAUCCAACCUCUAACUAGUGACGUAUUGUAUCCUAUACCCGGAGGUUCUAUGUUGGAUGAUGAAAUUAAACUGAGGGUAGACAAUCAACCCACCGCUCCUGGAAAAGGAUACGGUCUAGCUUUAUCAAACGCAAAGCACUCCGUCUUGUUUGUGUUUUACCCAUUCGCGCGCACCAUGCGCACAAACCACUAUUACGACGGGAAACACCACCACCGCUUCUAUUCUGAUUUUAGAGCUGGUGGUCACAACUUAUUUCAACUUACUAUCAAGAUUAAACGUAACAGAUUCGAAGUAUUUGCGGACGCGUUAUGUGUAAAAACAGUUCCUGCCUUUAUGAACACAGUGGGUAUAACUGCUGCUAUGGUUACUGGAGAUACUAUGCCCUUCGUCAAUUUUAGAGUCAGAAGAUUAAACCCUGAAGUGCCAGUAUUACCCUACCUCAUAAAGACACGCCAUCAGAAGGGAGUACUGGUGACAGUAGUGAGGCAUCCUCAACUCGGUCUCAUCACUAAAAUAGGCAAAAUAUCUGGCAAUAUUCAGAUGUUUGUUACACAUUUACAAGAUAUGCUAGCAACAGAUAACCUAGCAACAGAUAACAUAGCUACAGAUAACCUAGCUACAGAUAACCUAGCUACAGAUAACCUAGCUACAGGUAACCUAGCUACAGAUAACCUAGCAACAGAUAACCUAGCAACAGAUAACCUAGCAACAGAUAACCUAGCAACAGGUAACCCAGCUACAGAUCACAUAGCUACAGAUAACCUAGCAACAGAUAACCUAGCAACAGGUAACCCAGCUACAGAUAACCUAGCAACAGAUAACCUAGCAACAGAUAACCUAGCAACAGAUAACAUAGCUUCAGAUAACCUAGCAACAGAUAACAUAGCUACAGAUCACAUAGCUACAGAUAACAUAGCUACAGAUAACCUAGCAACAGGUAACCUAGCAACAGGUAACCUAGCAACAUUCAAGAAGCCUCUGCCAAAUGUAUCUGUUGUUAACCAAAAGUCUGUCUGGGUAACAGGACAUCACAAGACUACGAUAAAAACUUGGUUGAAGUGUAUAGGGUUUUAGUUACACUAGUUACCAUGACAACUACACUAGUGUAUAGGGUUUUAGAAUAUCAGGGAACUUUUAACGUUUAUAUCUUCUGUACACUGUUAAAAUGGUUAAUACGUCCCUUUUUGUGCAUUGUUAACUGCUUUUUUAAACUUAAAUUUAAGUUAAAUUUGUUUAUUGCCAGUUUUAUUGGCAGGAUUCUUUAGAAAUCUAAAUUUUAUUUUUAUGUACGUCUUUUGUCAUACUUUGUUGAGUUGUAACCAGGUAUUUAGCUACAAAACUCACGUCUUUAAAAAGCAGACCUAUACUUUACGCUUUAAAUCAAGUUUUAAUGUGUUAAUUGUUAAUUUAAAUUAU